AUGUUCAAACGGAUCCGCAGCGAUCACUUUAUUUCCGACGAGUAUCAUGAUCAUAACGGUACAGAUUGCGGCGACGAAUACCAUAAGUCAAGCCCACAGGCCUUCUUAUUCGGCAAAAGUUCAUAUGUUCAAGAGUCGGACCUCCCCGCAGUACUCCUGGUCAAGUUACGAGAUUUGUCGAAGCGUGACCGUACAGAGGAUGAGAAAAAGCACAAAAUUCUUCGCAAGUUGUUCGUCAUGACUUGGGACUCCCAAUUGAAACCAGUGGCCAAGUCUAGCCACAGGAUCGAGGAGUCGUAG